AUGGGUACUCUCAACAAAGCUAUCUACGUUGGACCCGACAACGGUCUUUCCGUCAGGGAUAUACUCGCAGAGUAUGAACCUGGCCAAAACCAGGCUCUCGUUCAAGUACAUUACUCCGGCGUCAAUCCUGCGGAUGUUAAGCAUGGUGUCUUGCUUGGAUUGAAUGACUACGUCUGCGGGUACGAAUUCAGUGGAGAGGUGCUUAAAGCCGGGCCCAACUUCCGCUACGCUGUAAGCGAAUACAUUUACGGCUCGAAAAGGGUGGGUUUUGGGUCCGAGUUUGGUGCACACCAGGGACGCCUGCUUGUGGAGGGCAACACGCUUAUCGCCAAGCGCCCGCCCUCUCUCCCAAGCCACGACGCAGCAGCCAUGUCCGUGGUCCUUCGCACAGCUGCCGAUGCGUUGUUCAAUGUAAUGAAGAUCCCCUUCAAGCCACUGGUCGAUGGUGAACAGGGGGCACAGGGUGGUAUUCUGAUCUGGGGGGGCGGCAGCGCAGUCGGCUCCGCAGCCAUCCAGCUCGCAAAGUCGGCCGGACUGAGUCCUAUUAUCACUACAGCAUCGUCUCGAAAUCAUGGGGCCCUGAAAAGCAUGGGAGCUACUCAUUGCUUUGACUACUCAGACGAUGACGUCGUCGCCAAGAUCCAGGCUGUUCUCGAUGCCCAGAGCCAACCUCUGGUUUACGUUUUCGACACCGUGGGAUCGACUGGGGAAUCCGCCUCGUGGAGGCACUGCGAAGCCCUGCAUUGCUCACCAGAAAUGAUUUGUGUUGCGACUGUCCCCAUAGUGGGCUCAAAGUACAAGUGGCAGUGGUGCGUUGCAGCUCGCGGCUGGGACUUGCCCAUGCCUCCUCCCAUAGGCUUCACGCCGGCGAGUGCAGAGUAUGAGUCACGGAUUCCGUGUCCCCAAUAUAACCGUCAUUAA